AUGCAUCUCCCACUACUGAAGCUGGUGGCUCUCGCCACGGCGGCGGCGGCUGCGGCACGGGAUGCGACGAACCACCCCCGUCGUGUGAAGGAGGUUAAGAAUGUCGCUAUUAUCGGUGCCGGUGCUGCCGGCACUUCAGCUGCAUACCACUUGCAAAAGUAUGCCGAGGAAGAAGGUCUGGCUGUCAAUAUCACGGUUUUCGAAAAGACUGACCACAUCGGCGGUCGUACCGUCACCGUGAAUGCCUUCAACGACCCCGGGCAGCCCGUGGAGCUCGGAGCAUCCAUCUUCAUCAAGGACAACCACAUCAUGUACAAUGCUACUCGGGACUUCGACUUGUCGCUGACGGGGUUGACGGAACCCCAGCCUGCUGACUACACAGCUAUUUGGGAUGGCAAGACCAUCUUGUUUCGGUCAGAGGCAGGUGCUUCCAAGUGGUGGGAUGCUGCAAAGCUGUUUCUGAAGUAUGGCCUGGCGCCGUACAGGGCUGUGCAGCUGGUCAAGAGCGCCGUCGGGACUUUUCUUCGCCUUUAUGAGACGCCGUAUUUCCCGUUUCGGUCGUUGACGCAGAGGGCCUUUGAGCUGGGGUUGUUAAGGUUGACGGGUGUGACGGGCGAGCAGUAUCUGAGAGAUAACAAUAUCAACCCGGACUUUGUUCGAGACCUCAUGCAGUCGGCUACACGGGUCAACUAUGCCUCCAACAUGGCCUACAUCCACGGUUUAGAGGCAAUGGUGUCGUUCUCUACCGAGGGUGCCGUCGCCGUUGCUGGAGGUAAUUGGCAAAUCUUUGAGAAGCUGCUUCAGCACAGUGGUGCAGUCUACUAUCCCAACACUUCUGUUGCCACCCUCGCAUUUCAAAAGGGUGCCGACAAGCCUGGAUCUGCUCCCAAGUAUCUAAUCUCGACGAAAUCGUCGGGUUCGACAUCAAAAGCCGCCAAGCUGCCCACCGCCUUUGACAAUGUUAUAAUCGCAUCACCCUGGCAGUUCAGCGGCAUCGAAGCUGCCAAGGGAGUAAUCAAACAUCGUAUUGAUACGAUCCCUUAUAUGAAGCUCCACGUCACUCUAUUCACCUCUCCCUUCCUAUUGCAGCCAAGCUUCUUCGGUCUUGAAGCAGGGACAAAGGCUCCGAGCAAUGUAUACACAACUCUCGGCAAAGACGAGGAAGCUCAUGAAGGCCCGGAGGGAGUCGGCCGUACCGGCUUUUACUCCAUCAGCACCCUGCGCACAGUCACAAAUCCCAAGACACAAGGGAAGGAGUUCCUCUACAAGAUUUUCUCAGCCGAGCCGGUCAAUUCAACUUUUCUGUCUGAUAUCCUCGGCACACCAGUUCCGUCUUGCUUUAUAUGCAACGAAACUACGGGCGAAGUAGAGCCCAUCUCAUGGUACUACCCGCACUGGUUUUACUCGUACCCGAUUGAAUCCCCGCGCGUCACCUUCCAGGAUCCCAUUGUCGGCAGAGGCCUAUACUAUACUUCUGGAGUGGAGAGCUUCAUCUCAACCAUGGAGACUAGCGCCCUCAUGGGGAUGAAUGUCGCUCGUCUCAUGGCAGAUGACUUUGCCGGCGUCACCAGGAGCAGAGGAGGCAACAAGGACACCGCCUCGCAGGACACAAGUCCCAGGCCUCCAAGGGAAGAUUUCUGGGAUAGUAUGGACAGCGAGAUGGGGGCCAGUAUGAACUUUCCGGGUGCAGAUGAACUUUAG